AUGGCGGACGGACUCAAUCAGGCCCGCGCAGUGCGAGUGGCCGAAUUGAUCAAUGACUACCGAACCCUCCUGCUUCACAUCUCCCAGCAGCAAGUCGAAGUCCCCCCACAGGACCGCUAUGAAGAAGGCUUCGUCGUCCUACAAGAAUGCCACACCGCUGCCCAGAGACUGGCAUCAGCCAACUACCACCCAUGUCCAGUAAACGGACAAGGCAAUGCCGAGACCGAAAAGGCCGAACUUCGGAGAGUCAUUAUCGACAGCAGCGCCCGCCGCUUCCAAGCACACAAGAUCUACCUCCGCGCGGCCGCAGCCCGCAGAUGGGCCAUGACCCGCGCCAGCACUCUCCGCGGCCAACAACCAACACCAUCGCACGCCGCAGCUCUGAAGGGCGCUCAGGCGGCAUUGCAGCAAGAAUUGGCGCGCAUCACUGAUCAGCAUGUCGUCGCCGACCUUCGAAACGCUGACCUGCGGGCAGGUCACUGGCUUGACGAUGAUCCGUCCUUGGAAUUGAUCAAGCGUUGGGUGCAGGGGAGAUAA